GUCUUUCUUUGGAUAUCGGAGGGAUGGACAAAGGUGGAAGCAAUGCGUUUUAAAGAAAUGACAUUUGUCAAGUUACACUGGAAGUAGUUUGCCAAUGUGGCAGCUUUCAACUGUGCAAAGCAUUUUAAGGACUUCUCUGCGUCGACUGGUGGAAGGAACUUGCUUAAAAUACACGGAUCUAUCAAUUGAGAUAAAAACUUUCUCCAAUAACCACGGCGAUGUGAGUCGCAGAUUCGUGUUCGGUCAUCCGUCCUAGCUAGAUUCAGUUUUGGAGUUCCGUGAUCCCCCCUCAUACAGUCGUCUUGUAAGUUUCUAUUCUUGAGGUUGAGAGGGAGGCUGCGACUUCACCUGAGUUUUCAUUCUCGGUGUUUUCUCGAUUUUGUUGGAGAGGUGUGGGAUUUAGACAGACACAAACUCAUUUUUCCAAUCCUGAAAAGGCAAUUGAGCAGAUGAUGAGUAUUAUCGGCCCGGCUGCAAACGCUAUCCAUUUUUUGUUUCGAGGAUACUGCAUCUAGUUUUUGUCGAACGAUUCCUGAGGACAGGCCUAGCGUGUUUUCUUCUUCGCACUCCAAGGAAAAAAAUUAUUUACAUAUUGUCAAAUUGUGUGGAAGACAAAAAGACGCAGAGCUUGGGUAUAACAAAGAUCACAGCAAUGUUUGUGAAAUUCUGACGAGACAGGUAGAGUAAGAAUCAAGAAGUUUAACGAUGUGGAGAAUGCGAGGAAAUGCAAUUAGUUCAAGCAGUCUGUGGCGGCAGUCUCUGCGAUAUCUGUCGUCUACUUCGUCUGCUUCUGUACCUUCGUGCUCUCAUCAGGUGGUUUCAGAUGGACCUUCAACUUCCAGUAGAAAUGAAACACCCCCUUCAACGGCAGGAGUUUUGGCUUCACCCUCCCAGAAACCUAAUAAGAAGUAUAGGGGCUCAAUCAAUGAUGUGGAAACAGCAAAGUUCGCAGCUAUUGCCGAUACAUGGUGGGAUCACCAUGGCCCCUUCAAACCAUUACACGCCAUCAACCCUGUGAGACUGUCCUUUAUACGAUCUGCCUUGUGCCAUCAUUUCAGGAAGGAUGCGAGCUCUGCAACACCUCUAGAUGGACUUACUAUUGUCGAUGUGGGAUGCGGAGGUGGACUUGCUUGUGAACCAUUAGCGAGAAUGGGAGCUCAAGUCCUAGGAGUGGAUGCAGUAGAGAAAAAUAUAAAAGUGGCAUCAGUGCACGCGAUGAAAGAUCCUAGUACUUCUACUAUUCAGUAUCGUUGCACAACAGCAGAGCAGUUGGUCCAUGAGAAUCAAGAAUUUGAUGUCGUUUUGGCUCUCGAGGUGAUUGAACACGUUGCUGAUCACAUGGAAUUUUGCAAAUCCUUGGCUUCCCUAACAAAGAAAAAUGGGAUGGUCAUCAUCUCCACUAUCAAUCGCUCAAUCUCUGCUUACGGCCUUGCAAUAGUUGGAGCAGAAUAUGUACUGGGUUGGCUGCCUAAAGGUACACACGACUGGUCCAAGUUUGUCACUCCAGAAGAGCUUGCCCUGCUCAUGAAGCGUACAUCGCUCUCGAUUGAGGAAAUGGCGGGUGUGGUUUUCAACCCACAUACUCAAAAAUGGUCUUUGUCAGAUGAUACAAGUGUGAAUUACAUCGCGUCCAGCGUAAGAAGAGUGAUCUAGUUUCUACUUUCUGCAAUAUAUUUUCUAACUAGGAGAAAUUAAGUUCUUUAGUGAGGAUAGAAUGUGAUCACAAUUUAGGAAAGAGUGAACAAUUUCGUUUAUAGAGUUCUUAAGCUAUAGAAAUCUAAGAGCGCCCAUUUCAAACUACAUGCACUACGUCGGAUUUCAAUAGCCUCUGAAUUUUCUCAUACCAAAUUAUUGAAAUUCUUGAGUAUGGGAAUAAAGACCAUAGUCUGAUGUAGAUUUGAACAGAGUGUCAAAUCUCACACACGAAGCACUUGAAGCAUGAUUGUAGUAUUUCAUCGCUACAUAAAUCAGACUGGGAAAGGAAAGUUGUUUUCUAAAAGCAUCAGGUGGUAUAUAAAC